GCUAUUUAGCGACGUACCCUUCCGGUAAAUGCUGGACAUACGCCUUUACUGUUGUCUCUUGAUUGUUCUCGUGGAAAAUAAUUUGGAGUGAUGGACGAAUAAACUAAGAGAGACAAUUCGCGUUGGCAGCACGGGGAGCCAUACUGCAGUCGGCCGGAGUCAGGCGGACAAGCGAGGUAUCUACUUAUAAACAGGUUAUGAUUUGAUUCAAAACAAAAUGGAAAUCGCUAAAAAUUUAUCUCCGGAGAAGGUGAAGAAAGACUUGGAAGAGGAAUUGAAGCUGGGAAGUGAUGAUAUCCGCAGCCAUGCCUGGUUUCAUGGAUCUAUUAGUCGAAACUUGGGUGAACGCUUAGUAAAAGAAAACGGGGACUUUAUUGUGCGUGACUGCAUCUCUCAACCCGGGGACUAUGUAUUGACGAUGCGAUGGCAUCAAAAUGCACUGCAUUUUAUCAUCAAUAGAGUGGUGUUAAAUCCAGACACUACGAAACGUAGAAUUCAGUACCAGUUCGAACGAGAGAGUUUUGACAAUAUCCCAUCUCUGAUUCGGUAUUAUGUGGGUAAUAAGAAAGUGAUAUCGGAAGCGACGCACGCUGUGAUUUCUAAACCGGUAAAUAGGACGAUACCAUUAAGUUACCUUGGAGAUAGUAAAUACGGUACUAUCACAGCGUAUCCGCAAGCAAAACACCACAGGUCUGGAAGUCAACCGAGUAUACCAGCACAGCGUGUUUCAAGUUUCCCACAAACAAUGUCAGAAAGAUGUGAAAGCCAACCACAAAUGCAGACUUUGAUUAACAGUAAAGUGUCUGAAAUCCGAAAUGAACACGGUAUGACACGAUACGGUAGUGAACCGUUACUAAGUCCCAAAACUGAACGCAAAUCAGGAUCUGACUUUUUGGAUAAAAUGCAGUCAUUUGGAUCUGAUAGCCAGUUGGAAGUUAAGCAAGCACCGCCCCCGAAACCAAGUCGAAACCAACCUUUCGAUAGAGAUAGUAGUGACUAUUCACAACUGGUGCAACAAGAACCGAUGCCGAUUGAAUUCACUAAGCUGAAAGAAGAAAACAAAUUGCACUUCAUCAGUCCAAUUUUGAGAGCCAGGAAAUCUUCUGACACUCGGAAUUCAAUAAUAGACACAGACACAAAAGAUAAAUCUUAUUAUAAACUAUACUCUGUUUCACCGCAAGUCAUAUCUGAAUAUGAUAUUGAACUGAUCUCCCGACUGGGCACAGAAUCUGUUUUUAAGCCAUCAGAAUUUACAAGUACUUUAUUGAGUGAAAAGAACAAACCACUGGAAAGUGCAGCCAUUAUUAAAGUUAAGGACAUACUCCUAAAAGGAGAUGUUGUGACAAUUGCGAAACAUCUGACAAAACAAGAUUUAUUGGUGACUCGUAUAUUGUAUGAAAAUGACACUCACUGUUUGUCAGGAUUGGAACUAUUAACGUUACCACAUGCAGUUGUAUUCAGACAAGAUCUUCUAGAAAGAUUUUAUUGUCUCAAGCUGUGGGUUGCAGUAACUAUUAUGACUUGUGUGCAUUUAACAGAGCGUGUUGCUAUGGUAACCAAAUGGAUAGAAAUUGCGGAAAUGUUAAAAAGUAAAAUAUGUAAUUUGUAUGGAUUUGCAGCUGUUAUGGAAGGACUGUGUUGUUCACAAGUAUCUGGUUUGAAAUUGACUUGGGAUGGUUUACGAAGAUCUCAUACAAACCUUGCCAUUAAAUUUGACACAAAACUACGUCACGAUUACAAAUGUUUGAACAUCGGUGAUCAUAAAAGUAUUCCCCUAACAAGGACAACUAUACCACAUAUAAUCCCCUUACUGCAGCUGCUGCAAAGGGAUCCCUCCUCUGUCCAUAAUCAAGAAAUUUGGGAAAAGUCUACGGAUAAUCACGGUUUGGAUUCGGUGCUGAUACACUUAGAUGCCGCAAGAUGUUACGCACAACAAAGUAAUUUGUAUAAAAUAAAUGCAGAGACAGAACUCCGUGAACUGAACGUUAAUGAUGAGUUGCAAGACUGUCUGAAGACAGAGUUUCAUCUGAGAAUACUAUGGGGCAUCCAAGGUACUGACGUUUGCAAAGAGGAAAGGUACGGGAAAUUUAACCGGAUUUUAACUGUCAUGGCUGAUAGAAUUGAACCAUUGCAAACUUUGUAA